AGAAGAAGCAGUAGAAAAACGAAGAAGACGACGUUUACACGUGUUUCCAACAUGUCUGCUCACCGUGUUGUUGUACGUUGAGGUAUCAGAAGCUGUGUUAGAAACUAGUUUUUGCCUCCUUUAUUCCACAACAUCUACAUUUAGCUUUGUCGAACUCCGAGCUAAAGCGGAAUCGAAGCUCCAGGAUGGCGCAGAAGAAGAAAAAACUGACGAAGAGGAAGAGACACACCGGGAACAGAGAGCCGGAGGCUGACUCUGACAGUGGAGACUUUGAGGUGGCUGCUGAAGUUAAAGACGAUGAUUCUGCUGGGAGAAAGCUGCCUGGGUUCCCUGCUACCUCAGGUCACCUGUCUGAUGUGGAGCCUGACACCAGGGAGCUGGUCAGAGCUCAAAACAAGAAGAAGAAGAAGUCUGGAGGCUUCCAGUCCAUGGGUCUCAGCUACCCCGUUUAUAAAGGAGUCAUGAAGAAGGGUUAUAAAGUCCCUACUCCCAUCCAGAGAAGGACAAUUCCUGUGAUUUUGGACGGCAAAGAUAUGGUCGCCAUGGCAAGGACUGGCAGUGGUAAGACUGCUGCCUUCCUUGUGCCCAUGUUUGAGAAGCUGAAGGCCCCUCAAGCCCAGACGGGAGCCAGGGCCCUCAUCCUAGCCCCGACUCGAGAGCUGGCACUGCAGACCAUGAAGUUCACAAAAGAGUUGGGAAAAUUCACAGGCCUGAAGACCGCCUUGAUCCUCGGUGGAGACAGAAUGGACGAUCAGUUUGCUGCCCUUCAUGAAAACCCCGACAUAAUCAUCGGUACCCCCGGUCGUCUAAUGCACGUCAUCAAGGAGAUGAACCUGAAGCUGCAUAGCAUGGAGUACGUGGUGUUUGACGAGGCUGACAGAUUGUUUGAGAUGGGUUUUGCUGAGCAGCUUCAGGAGAUCAUCCGGAGGCUUCCAGACACACGACAGACUCUGCUGUUCUCUGCGACUCUGCCUAAAAUGCUGGUGGAAUUUGCCAGAGCAGGUCUGACUGAACCAGUACUGGUCCGUUUGGAUGUGGACUCUAAGCUCAGUGAUCAAAUCAAGCUGGCUCUUUUCCAUCUGCGAGUGGAUGACAAACCUGCACUGCUGCUUCAUCUGCUUAGGAACGUAGUGAAACCUCAGGAGCAAUCAGUGGUGUUUGUAGCCACCAAACACCACGUUGAGUAUGUAAAAGAGCUGCUCACCUCAGAAGGUAUGGACUGUGCCUACAUCUACAGCGCCCUCGAUCAGACCGCCAGGAAGAUCAACAUCGGGAAGUUUGUGCAUCGGAAAGCCAUGGUGCUGAUUGUGACGGAUGUCGCUGCUCGUGGUAUAGACAUCCCUCUGCUGGACAACGUCAUCAAUUACAACUUCCCCUCCAAGCCUAAGCUCUUCCUGCACAGAGUUGGUCGUGUGGGACGUGCUGGACGCAGUGGCACAGCCUACAGUAUGGUAUGUCAGGAUGAGAUGCCUUUUGUUUAUGACCUUCACCUCUUCCUCGGAAGGCCAGUGCAGUUUGCCACAGCUGAACAUGAAAAAGAUACAGAAGGAGUGUUUGGUCGGGUCCCACAGAGUAUCCUGGAUGACGAAAGUUCCAAUCUCAUCACAGCUCACGAGAACUCCCUGGACCUGCAAAACCUGCACCGUAUCUCAGAGAAUGCUUACAAGCAGUACCUGAAGUCUCGACCGAACCCUUCUCCUGAGUCCAUCAGACGAGUGAAAAGCACAGAUGUGUCCCACAUGGCUGUUCAUCCAUUACUAGGGUCCGGUUUGGAGAAAAUGGAACUGGAACGCCUUCAUAUAGUGGAUGCCAUCAAAGGAUACAAAUCCAAAUCUACCAUUUUUGAAAUCAACUCAAACAGUAAGACACAAGCCAGCGUGGUGAUGCGGACCAAACGCUCUAAGGACACGCGGCUGGUGGACAAAUUCAGCAAACACAAAGACAACCUGGCUGCUGAGAGCCGACUGAAGGGGCCAUCCAAAGCUGCAACUGCAGACGAUGAUUUCGAAGACACUACAGGCAGAGAUGAUGACACUCUACAGGAGGUGUUCUCUUCAGUGGUAGGAGGAAAAAGAAAAGGCCUGAAGGGAGAUAGAGAAGAGUGGCCAAACAACAAGAGAAGCAAACAGACGGGUAAAGAUGAGGAGUUUUACGUCCCGUACAGACCCAAGGACUUCAACUCAGAGAGAGGGUUAAGUCUCAGUGGAGAGGGCACUGCCUUUGAACAGCAGGCCUCCUCGGCUGUCCUGGACCUCAUGGGAGACGAGGGAGCAAGGCUCAACCAGCACAAAAGGAUAAUGAAAUGGGACCGUAAGAGGAAGCGCUUUGUGACAGAAACAGGAAAGGAGGACCAGAAGAAGAAGAUCAGAACAGAUGGUGGACAGGUCAUCGGUGUUAAGAAGAACAGGAAAAACUUCUACGAAGAGUGGAAGAAAAAAUACAGAGUGGAUGACGGAGGAUCAGGGUCAGAUGGAGAAUCGGGCAGAAGAAGGCAAGGAGGAGGGCGAGGUCGUGGCCGUGGUCGUCGUGGCGGUAACUCCCAGAACCCCAACCACCAGAGGCCUGUAGGACUGCAGAAGACGCCUGAUGGCCGCAGAGUUCGCUCAGAGCUGAAGUCGAGUGAUCAAAUUUUGAAGCAGCGCAAGAAAGAGCAAAAGCACAAAUUCCUGCAGAGCGGAGGACUGAAAAAUGUCCGUAACAAGAACAAACAGUGGCUCGGAGAAGUGAAGAAGUCAGGGUUUGGGCGGGGGGGUCAAAAGAAGGGUAAGAUGAGGAAGAAACUCUGAGGAGGACAGCGACUACUAUGAUCUCCCCAAACCACCUUAAAUAAUGUACACAGUCUUCAAUGACUGUGGAUGUAAGGAUGUGAUGGGUUGAGGAAAGCAUUUCUGGACUGACCACCGACCUUCUCCCCAUCGUGUCCGACUGAACUCUAAACUAAGAGUGUGUAUACAAAUGAUCCAACCAACUGGAUUAUCUUUAAUACUUGUUGGCAGAUAAAUGUUAAUCACAUAAUACAGACAUGAAUAAAACAAUAUUGUCUACUAUUUUCAUUCACAUUCAGAUAAUAAAUGCCCUUCAAGAAUUUGUU